AUGUCCUGCUACACCCCGUGCCGGCCCUGCCAGCCCUGCGGCCCCACCCCGCUGGCCAACAGCUGCAAUGAGCCCUGUGUCAGGCAGUGCCAGGACUCCACCGUGGCCAUCCAGCCCUCGCCCGUGCUGGUCACCCUGCCCGGCCCCAUCCUCAGCUCCUUCCCACAGAACACCGUGGGAGGAUAUUUUGAUUUGGUGAUGAGUCUGUCAGAAAAUUACUGCCCUGGUGCAGUCACUGUGGGCCUGGGGCGGUGCAGGAGCAGUAUAAAAGCAGGAGCUUCUCCUCACUCUCCCAUCAAGUCCUCUUGCCUCCAUCUCAUUGAGAAGAAGGUGCAUCUCCAGCCCCAAGCCAUGUCCUGCUACACCCCGUGCCGGCCCUGCCAGCCCUGCGGCCCCACCCCGCUGGCCAACAGCUGCAAUGAGCCCUGUGUCAGGCAGUGCCAGGACUCCACCGUGGCCAUCCAGCCCUCGCCCGUGCUGGUCACCCUGCCCGGCCCCAUCCUCAGCUCCUUCCCACAGAACACCGUGGUGGGAUCCUCCACCUCUGCUGCCGUUGGCAGCAUCCUCAGCUCUCAGGGAGUGCCCAUCAGCUCUGGGGGCUUUGGCCUCUCAGGCUUGGGCAGUGGCCUCUGUGGCACCAGGUGCUUCCCCUGCUAAAGCUGC